AUGGUCGACCUUCGACAGCAAGGCCAGCGUCUACUUGGCCAUGUUGAUUUGUUACGGAGGAAGUUGCCUCCCGUACCAGUCAACAUACCAGUCAACAUACCACGCAUACGGCCCACCAGACUGAUUUUAUAUAUCGUUGGGUGUCUCUCACUUGUUUUCUGGCUCUCUUUUAGCUUUGGGGGAAGCUCAGGUCAUAGUUUAAAAGGCCCCGGAGGCCAGAGUUGGAGCCCAGUACCAGAUUUUGAUCCUUCAGAAAAUUCCUUUCACCUCCUCAUAUUUGCAUCGCCGAAGAACGCUCAGCUAUGCCGCACAAUUACUUCCUCCAUGAUCCUCGAAUACCCACCCUUUACGCUUUUGAGACCCAAACCAGAAUCACGAAAGGGGGCUACCGCUAAGCAGGCUGCGGUUGAAAAAAUUGAAUCUAUGCUCACAUUUUUGAAGACAAAUGAACGAAUUGGUGAGAGGGACCUGCUUUUGAUAGUAGACAGCGAUGAUACCGUGUUUCAGUUGCCCCACGAAAUUCUCAUCGAUCGUUAUUUGGAAAUAACCCGUCAGAAGAAUGAACACCUGAGAAGCAAAUACGGUACAAAGGUUUUGGUCAAUCCUGAAAACGAGAAUGACCGAUAUACUGUUCAGAAAUACACACAGAGGGCAUUGUUUGCUGCUCGAAAAGACUGCUCCUCGAACCUAACCGACAGUGCGGCCUGUGCCAGUGUCCCUCAAUCUCCAUUGCCGCCUGACAUAUAUGGACUCAAAACAGAUAAGAAACGGGAUGGGACCCUCAACAGACCCCGAUGGAUUGAGUCAGGCGCUGUCAUGGGUCAAACAUCGGACUUGAUUCCUAUAUAUGAACGGGUUUUGGAGGAAAUGAAAAAGCAGCCGCUACGUGCCAAUGAGCAGCUAAUUCUCACCAACAUGUUUGGCGCCCAAGAAUAUUCUAGGGAGAUAGAAAGACGGAAAGCAGGCAGUCCCUUCAAGGAUUGGCUUUGGGAUCACAUGGGAAUUCUAGACGCUACCAACGUUACCAAAGUGCGCGCUCACAUCCAACCGGGAGCUCAGCAUGAAUUCGGCAUGGGGCUUGAUUACGAAGGACAGCUCUUUCUUAGUACUAGAAAGACGCUUGGUGAUAUAGAAUGGUUGAGAUAUCGAGACUCGCGGAAAGUAUCAUCUGUCCAAAUACAGCACGGAAUCCCACGAGAAGUACGUCUCAACCUGCCGCUUGAUGUUGAACAGAACCUUUGGAACCCGUUCAUAAAAGUCAAACUGUCGAAUAGUUUGUCUAGCAAAACUGCCAACAUGACGAGUAUUGAUGUACUUCCACCUUCAUGGAACUUUACGUGGAGCGACUUGCCGCUCGCCACAUACAUCCAGACAGCGGCAGUACCUACACUCAUACACACCGGUGGCGAGACAAGUGUCCGACAAACUUUUUGGCUUAACUCGUGGUUCCAUCCAUGGGCUCGAGCGUUACUGCGCAACUAUGUGCGAUCUGCACCAAAAGUCCGUCCGGUGCAAAUCUCAACAUUGGGAGCCACAGAUCUACUAAAACACCCCGACAGAAAAGGUGGCGUGUGGACCGACAAUGACGAAUGGAUGAGCUUUGAAGAUCUUUGCUCUGGUCUUGAAGUUCCAAUCUUUGACGACGAACUCGGACCAUGGGGCGGAGAGAAAACAAGCGCACUUCGUGCAGUCUACAAUCUUUGGGGUAAACUUAUGGCAGGAAAGGGCCCUAAAUACAAGAAGUUGGGCGAAAUGAGAUCUGAAGCCGAGGAAAUAGAGAGAUUCAUCCUUGGAAUAGAAGACGACGACGAGGAGGAACCAGACACUGAGUGA